AUGUCAUCCGUGAAUGAUUUUGACACUGCUCCUGAUGAGUAUGUAGAUGCAAAAGAAUCAUCGCAUAAUGAUAAAAGACAUCAAAAGGCUGAACUUUCUGAAGAUCAACUAAAUUCAAAAGCACCUAAUGAAAAUCAUAGUUUAUUUAAAGGUUAUUCAUUUUUCAUUAAUACCAAACCAGACGCUUAUGGAAAGAAAAGUGAUAUCAAUAGUCUAACAAGGCUGGCUUUAUCACAUGAAGGAACUAUUCUAGAUGAAUUACCAGAUAGUACUUCAAUGACAGGAGAACAACGAUCAAAAUUUUAUGUUGUUUCUCCAUAUAAUUCAACAAAUUUGAAUACUGUUACAGCAACAUACAUUAAAGCAUGUUGUCAAAAUAACACUUUAUUAGAAGCUCAUGACUAUUUGGUACCAUAUGAUGACUUCAAAAAAGGUGAACAAAAUACUAAUGCUAAUGAAGCUGAAGCUAAAAAUGACAAGAAUGAUAAAACAGACUCCAUUGAUAGUGAACUAGUUGGAAAUAUUCAAUUGCAGUCAAUGACUGCUGAGAAUACUACCCCAUUACAAUUGAACAAUUCAAAGGAAAAAAAUAAAAAAAAUAGAAGAAGUCAAAAAAAUAAAUCUCCUACAGUAUCUUAUAAUAAAGCUUCUUUCACUGAAGAAGAGGAUGAAUUUAUUUUAGAUGUUGUUAAAAAGAAUCCAACCAGAAGAACAACACAUACACUGUUUGACGAAAUUUCGAAUUACCUACCAAACCAUACAGGUAAUUCUGUUAGGCAUCGAUACAGAGUCUACUUGUCAAAAAGACUUGAAUUUGUUUACCAAGUUGAUAGCAAUGGCAGAUUAGUAAGAGAUGAAAAUGGUGACUUAAUUAAAACCAAAGUACUUCCACCAUCUUUGAAAAAGAAAUUUACUGCGCAAGAAGAUUAUACUCUGGCAAUCGCUAUUAAAAAACAAUUUUACAAAGAUUUGUAUCAAGUUGAUCCAGACAGUGGUAGUUCGUUGAUUAUGGCAGAUGAUAGUCCAGUUAUGGUGGCUAAAAGGAAAGUAACCAUGGCACCAAAUCAUGUGCCAGGAACUGAACCUUCUUUCGAUUCAUUUAAAGUUUUAGAUAGAACAGGACCAUUAGCUAGAGAAUUCUUUAAAUCUUUCUCAGAAAAGAAUACAUCACAUACAGAAAAUGCAUGGAGAGAUAGAUUCAGAAAAUUUAUAUUACCAUAUGGUAUCGACGCAUAUAUCGAGUAUUAUGAUUCUGAGAAAGCAAAGGGUAAAGAACCUGAACCAAUGAGAAAUUUUACAAAUAGAGCAGUUAGAGUUGGUCCACCAACACCUGGCAAUUACAAUUCGGUUAAUAAGAGAGCAAAACUUAAUAUUAACGAAGUUCGUAAUGCGGCUGCUGCGGCUGCUGCUGCUGCAAGUGCACAUGUUGGUUACACAAUUCCUGAAAAUGAAUUGUUGGAUGAAACUACAAUGAAGUUUAUAUCUACUAUCAAAAACGAUAUUGAGAGUCAACAAAACCAACAAAACUUUGAAUACCCACAAGACAUAGCAGAAGCAAUCCGUCAAGACUUUGCAAACGAAGAAAAUCAAUAUGAUAACCUUGAAAUUGAUGUAAUGGAAUUUCCUCCUGCAAUUGCAAGUGUUGAUUUAUUCUUACCAGAGUUUUUCCGCAUGGGUAGUGUAAAAGUAUUUGUCGACAAAAUACAAGAAAUUAUAUCAAGAGACUAUGAACCUUCUCAAGCCGAGAAAUUAGUACAAGAUUUAUGUGAUGAAGUAGGCGUACGUAAAACAUUUAGUACUAGCGUAUUAACUGCUCUUUCGGGUGAUUUGAUGAUAUUUCCUCGUUACUUUCUGCAUAUGUUUAAAGAAAAUGCUAAUCCACCUACUAAUGUUCCUGGUAUCUGGACUCCAGAAGAUGAUAUAAUGUUAAAAAAUAAUAAACCUCAAGAAAUUGACAUUUUAAUUCAGAAGCAUGGUAAAGGUAGAAUAGAAAUGAGAAAAAGAUUUGUUGAGAGAGACUUAAUUUAA